AUUGUUUCUAACGACGCCGUUUAGAUGAUCCUCUCAAACUUCAGCUCGAACUGCACUCGGAAUCAGUGAAAAUAGAAUCAAAUUUCUUCCUCGACUUCGAAUUCCAUCACAGAAUUCGCGAUAAAAUAAUCGAGAAGAUGUCUAGGUUUCGUGGAUUGUGGCAAGCUUCCGUUAAUGCUACUAAAAGAGGGAACUAUGGAGUUUCAAAAAGAGGAAAUUUAGAAAAAUCAAUGUUUGUUGAUGAUGUGGGGGUUGUGAGGAGGGUGGUUAGAAAGGAAAUAAUCAGAAUUAUACGCGCGUUUUUAGCUCUUUUGUGGAGACCUGAAGACUUGCUUCCUCCGAGCGAACGAUACAUCUUUAAGUUUGACUCGAAGGAGGAGCUAAAGCGAUGGCAUUUGUAUGCAGAUUCCGAAUUUAAUGGUUUGUCGUCAGCUUCGCUGCAGAUACAAGAGUCCACCAAUGGAUCAAGUGGCACUGGUGUAUUCUCUGGAAACCUUUCCUUGGAUGUCAGCGAAGGUACUAAGUGGAAUAUAAGUAGAAGCGGAUUCUGUGGAAUGAGAUCUAAGAAGUUUGAUGGCUUCAUCGAUCUUGAUGGGUAUGACACGUUGGCUCUAAAAGUUAAAGGAGAUGGGCGAUGCUACAUUUCCACUAUUUAUACAGAGAAUUGGGUGAAUUCUCCGGGACAACAAGAAGAUAACUCGUGGCAGGCAUUUGUUUAUGUGCCUAAGGACAACUGGUACAUUGCCAAGAUCCCCCUUGCUCGAUAUCUACCAACAUGGCGGGGCAAUGUGAUAGAUGCAGAGCUCGAGAUGAACCCAUCUCGUGUAGUUGGCAUGUCUCUCUCGCUGAACGCAGAAGGCGGAAUCCCAGGCUCCGUCACCGGCCCAGGUGAUUUUCGAGUCGAGAUAGACUGGAUCAAAGCUCUCAGAACGUUGAGUUAGUCCAUUUCUGGUUGCUGGCGAUGAGACAGAAUAGACACAAUUCAGUUUUGUUCUUACUAACUGCUAUUUUGAAUCUCUGCCUUGUGAAGAAAUAUCAAAAUUGAGUGGUUUCUAAUUACAUACAGUGAAAAAGGCCAGUGGGGUUUAUUCUU